AAAAGCCCCACCCCAUUCCCUACCAUCUUCCCUUGUUACCCGAGUUACCUUGGGACUUUGGAGCUGGGCACCAUGGGGACUCCAAAUGAUCAGGCAGUGCUGCAGGCCAUCUUCAACCCCGAUACCCCAUUUGGAGAUGUCAUUGGCUUGGACCUGGAAGAAACAAAGAAGGAAGAUGAAGAUGGAGUUUUCCCCAAAGCACAAUUGGAACAGUCCAAGGCCCUGGAAUUGCAGGGAGUGAGGGCAGCAGAAGCUGGGGACCUCCACACAGCCCUGGAGAAGUUUGGUCAAGCCAUCUGCCUGCUACCAGAAAGAGCCUCUGCCUACAACAACAGGGCUCAAGCCCGGAGGCUCCAGGGGGAUGUAGCAGGAGCCCUGGAGGACUUGGAGCGCGCAGUGACGCUGAGCAGCGGCCGGGGUCGCGCCGCCCGCCAGAGCUUCGUGCAGCGUGGUCUGCUGGCGCGAUUGCAAGGCCGAGACGACGACGCCCGCAGAGACUUCGAGCAGGCGGCGCGACUGGGCAGCCCGUUCGCGCGGCGCCAGCUGGUGCUGCUCAACCCGUAUGCCGCGCUGUGCAACCGCAUGCUGGCCGACAUGAUGGGGCAGCUGCGCGCGCCCAGCAAUGGGCACUGAGCAUGGCCGCUGGAUAAAGGAGAGGGGACCCAUGAUCCAACCAGUACCCAAUAAAACUUCUGGGACUGC